AUCACCUGUAAUCAUGAAGAGGGGUCCGCGCGCCGGCUGCUGUGGAAUUUAGGCCGGGCACGGGGAGAGAGCGCGCGCCGCUUCCAGAGCAGGACAUGGGACAACUACACGCGCUGUAAAGGCACACCGACUCACAGGAGACCGGACCGGACCGGACCGGACCGGACCACACGGCUAACAUGAAGGAGAAAUCCAAAAAUGCGGCCCGGACACGUCGGGAGAAGGAAAACAGUGAGUUUUAUGAACUGGCCAAGCUGCUGCCGCUUCCCUCUGCCAUCACCUCCCAGCUGGACAAAGCCUCCAUCAUCCGCCUGACAAGCAGCUACCUGAAGAUGAGGACCGUGCUUCCUGAAGGCCUUGGAGAAUCCUGGGGUCAUGUGAGCCGCAGCUCCCUGGAUGGUGUCAGCCAGGAAUUAGGCUCCCACCUCCUACAGACAUUAGAUGGAUUCAUUUUUGUGGUUGCUCCAGAUGGGAAAAUAAUGUACAUAUCAGAGACAGCGUCGGUGCACCUGGGCCUGUCACAGGUAGAGUUAACGGGAAACAGCAUUUAUGAGUACAUCCAUCCAGCAGACCACGAUGAGAUGACAGCCGUCCUCACAGCCCAUCAGCCUUACCAUUCCCAUUUCGUACAAGAGUAUGAGAUGGAGCGCUCCUUCUUCCUUAGAAUGAAAUGUGUCCUGGCCAAAAGAAAUGCUGGUCUCACCUGUGGAGGCUACAAGGUGAUCCACUGCAGCGGCUACCUGAAGAUCCGUCAGUACAGCCUGGAUAUGUCUCCGUUUGACGGCUGCUACCAGAACAUCGGCCUGGUGGCCGUCGGUCACUCGCUGCCUCCCAGCGCUGUGACAGAAAUCAAACUCCACAGCAACAUGUUCAUGUUCAGAGCCAGCCUGGACAUGAAGCUCAUCUUCCUCGACUCACGGGUUGCAGAGCUAACAGGCUACGAGCCUCAGGAUCUUAUAGAGAAGACUCUCUAUCAUCAUGUCCACAGCUGUGACUCCUUCCACCUGCGCUGCGCACAUCAUUUGUGUAAUGCUGGUGAAAGGACAGGUCACCACAAGGUACUACCGUUUCUUGGCCAAACAAGGUGGCUGGGUCUGGGUUCAGAGUUAUGCAACUAUUGUGCACAACAGCCGUUCAUCCCGACCUCACUGUAUCGUCAGCGUCAACUAUGUCCUCACGUAAGUGUGUGCUCCAGCUCCUGGAACUAUACUUUAUAUGUGCACAGUUUCCAUUAGAUUACUCUCAAUGUUAUUGAGCAACAGGUGAUAGAUUCCCUCCCACAGGACUCUGUGAAACAGAUUUGCUUCAGGUUGAGUAAGAGAAAAAAUUCUCCUGCUAAAUUAAAACUUGAUCUCUAAUUUAAGAAUGAAGAUGUUUUCUAUUCUGCUUGCAACAUGUGCCUAAGGUAUGUAGAUGUGGUUUCUGGAAACAUGUUCCUGAAUAACUGUGGACAACAUCUGUGAGUCAAAAUGUAGAGAGAAGAGGCCUAAAGAGGCCUUAAACAUUGCCCUAAAUUUCUAAAAUUAAAUAUAUAUACAAGUACAGAAUAUUUCUUCUUUAUUCUGUAGCCAAUACAGUCUACAGUUGCAUAAGCCAGGUGUCAGAAAUGUUGAAGAGGCUGCAACAUGUUUGCUUGGUUAAUAACUGUUAUUUAUUGGAUGCAUCACCCAGGAAUGUGUUUACCUUGAUACCAACAGUGUACUCAUUCAUACUUUGCACUGUAUUAGAGUUAAUUUAGUGGUUACUUGCAAUAAUACAAACUGCUGCAGCAGAUCUUGAGGACUUUAAGAGUUAAUAGGUUUAAGCUGGAUACAGAUACAUCAUCUGUACCAUACAGUUACCACUCAUGUCAAUAAUCUGUGAGAAAUGUAUUGCAAACAAAUAAAUUCAGUGACUGGUUUUUUCUCCCCACCGUGUCAUAUCCGGCUUCAAUUUGAGCAGAAUGGUGCACUGGCUGCUGUAGUACCAAACAUAUUUGCUUUACCAAGGGAGGCUUUAUACCCAUAAAUCCUCCACUGAUGCUCAACCCUUGACGUUUUAUUUUAUUGCAGUUAAGGUAUUAUGUAGAAGAGGGAGAACAAGGACAGAGUAAGAGAAAGUGAGAGAGGACCGAGACACAAAGAGAAAACAGAGACAACAGAACCCGACAACCAUCUGCCACAAAAACGUCCUCUUUUCUGCCACCAUGGGGAAACAGGGAAAAGACCAUGAAAGAACAACACCAGCAGCAAUGACAUGGAACAAAACUGUCUAUACUGAUGGAGAGAACUACGGAGCAAACAGCUACUGCCUUAUGACUGCAUAAUGUGUGUGGGAACAUGAAAAUCAUGGUGGAGUAGAUGUUACAUGAAUUGUGCUCGGUGAAGGGUGCAGAGUGCCAUCGCCAUCCCC